GGGAUUGAGCCGAAUCCUCCAUAACGUAAGCCACGACUACUCACUCCCUCUUCUUUUCUCAAUUACCACAUACUACCGCUCCAUAAAAUCAAUCUACCGAUGGGUCUGUCAUUUUCCAAAAUUACUGCUCCGUUAGAGCUUAGAAUUCACUCCAGGCCGCACACUGAGCGAUAUGGAGCCGAUCAAAAAGCGGAAAGUGGUGCUGAUGGGCGCUGAAUUCGAGCUUUGCACCCACUAUCGUUAACAUUUCUCCCUCUGGUCAUUCUGCUUCAGUUUCUUUCUCUAAACCAACUUAAAUUCACAUCCCCCCCCCCCCUCUCUCUCUCUCUACAUUACUUCUUCGUUUCAAGAAGAGGGCAGAAUAACCACCCGCGCUUACGUAACCUCAUUCCCCUACACACGUCAUCCACGAGAGAGAGAGAGAUUUGUUUCUCGCCUUUUUCUUCCAUUCGCGUGCCCUUCUUUUCCCCCACAGUCUCUCUAUAAGUCUCUCUCUCUCUCUCUAGUCUAGGCGUUGUUUCUUGCUUUCUCUGUCGCCGAUUCUCUCUCUCUAGCAUAUUUCUCUCUCUCUUUCUCUCUAGAGUUGGAGUCCGUAGAGACCUUUUUUAACGGUUUGGGUUUUGCUCCGUUUUGAUAAAGAAAUCAAACAACGAAUGCCGCGAAGGAGAUGCUAGGUUUGUCAAACAGAAAUAUACAUUAUGAGGAGUUUGCUCCAAUGGGCAGUAUCAUUUGCACAUGGAAAUGAAGGAAAGACAGAGGUGGCGACCUGAGGAAGAUGCCCUAUUGCGUGCUUACGUCAAGCAAUAUGGACCAAGAGAGUGGAACCUUGUGUCACAGCGUAUGAACACACCCCUCAACCGCGACGCCAAAUCCUGUCUAGAGAGGUGGAAGAACUAUCUCAAACCCGGCAUUAAAAAGGGAUCCCUAACCGAAGAGGAACAACGUUUAGUGAUCCGCCUCCAAGCCAAACACGGCAACAAAUGGAAGAAAAUCGCAGCUGAAGUCCCUGGAAGAACAGCAAAGAGAUUGGGAAAGUGGUGGGAAGUUUUCAAAGAGAAGCAACAGAGAGAGCACAAGGAGAAGAACAACAGCAAGGUUGUAGACCCCGUUGAGGACGGAAAGUACGACCGAAUACUUGAGAAUUUCGCAGAGAAGCUGGUUAAAGAGCGUCCUAAUCCAACAUUUCCCAUGGCGACUUCAAACGGAGGGUUUCUUCGCUCCGAUCCACCGCCUACUGCUGCUCCUCCACCACCGUCUUUACUUCCUCCUUGGCUUUCUAAUUCUAGUAAUAACACCAAUAUUAGGCCACAUUCUCCUUCUGUAACCCUAAGUCUCUCCCCGGCGACUGUUCCUCCCCCACCCACGAUUCCUUGGCUAAAUCACCAUGACAGCCGUUUCCCCCCUCCUCACGGGGAGAAUAUGUUGAUUUCUGAGAUGACGGAAUGCUGUAGGGAAUUGGAGGAAGGGCAUCGCGCUUGGGCAGCGCAUAAGAAGGAAGCGGCGUGGAGGUUGAAGAGAGUGGAGCUGCAACUGGAGUCUGAGAAGGCAUGUCGAAGGAGGGAGAAAAUCGAGGAGAUGGAGGCAAAGGUGAGGGCGCUUUGGGAGGAGCAGAAUGCUGCUUUGGAGAGGAUUGAAGCUGAGUGCAGAGACCAGUUAGUGGGACUGAGAAGGGAUGCGGAAGCCAAGGAGCAGAAACUGGCCGAGCAGUGGGCAGCGAAGCACGCAAGACUUGCCAAGUUUCUUGAGCAGAUGGGGUGCCGGUAAGGCGAGUUUCCAGUUCACUGUUGGCAUUGUUUGCAUGAGGACUGGCCUUUUAGUUUCACUCGUUUGAUGUUGUUGUAUUGUAUCUUUGGAAUGUUACUGGACUCAUCUUGUCUAAUGUUUAAUCACCAGACAAGUCUUUUGCCUUUGAUGUAUGUUAUCUCAGUGUUACGAUUUCUAGCACUAAAUGCACUGAUGCACAUUACAUUAA